AUCGAAUCCUCAACCUCGUGGUUCCGGGUCAGCUGCAUUUCCUCUGUGCCACAAUGAGAACCCCUGCUAUAAAGAUUUGAUCCUGUAAACUCGCCCUUUGGAGUCUACCCUGAAAAUACACUUGAAGAGAAGCACUAAACUCCAAGACCUCGGGAUGGUGGGCCUGCAGGUGAUACACUGGAGGCAGAGGCCCUCCCAGACUGGAAGGAGCAAAGAAGAGGUCCGAGCACCGCCCUCUCCUCCCCCAGACUCAAAAUGGCCACGCCCCUCUCGCUCGCCUCUUUAAAAAAGGCGCGGGAGCGCCUUGCGCAGGCGCAGUGCAGCGUGCUUUGAGCUGCGCACGCGCGGUGAGCGGAGAAUGGCGGCGUUGAUUCCUUUUGAGGUUCCCACCGGCAGUGACAAAACCUUGCUUGUGUGGGAGCUGAGCUCUGGACCCACGGCCGAGGACUUGCAACAUUUUCUGUUGACAGUCUUCUCCCAGUUUGGCCUUGUGUAUUCGGUCCGAGUCUUCCCAAACGCUGUGGUGGCCGGUCCCGGGUUCUAUGCCAUCGUCAGGUUUUAUUCAGCAAGGGAUGCCCACAGAGCCCAGAAGGCAUGCGACGGGAAGCAGCUUUUCCAGAACUCUCCAGUGAAGGUUCGCCUUGGCACCAGACGUGAGGCAGUUCAAGAAAACGCCCUUGCCCUAAACAGCUCCAAAUGCCAACAGGUGGCAAAUUACUACUUUGGUUUCAAUGGAUGGUCAAAAAGGAUUAUCAAGCUUCAGGAUCUUUCCGACCUUGAAGAAAGGGAAAAUGAAGAUAUUGUGGCACCAGUUGAGAAGCACAGCCUGAAGUUCUUCUGUGCUUUAGAGGUGGUGUUGCCAUCCUAUGAGUGCAGAAGUACUGGAGUUGGCAUGGCUGAGGAACCUGUGGAUAAGCUAGAGGAAGGGCCCUCAUCCCUCCUUCUGAAAAGGAAGAGAACCCAGAAGCUUGCUCUUCAGAAGGCUAUGACAGAUGCGUUCCGGAAACUGCUGAUUGUGGUUUUAGAAAGUGGUAAAAUAGCUGUGGUGUAUAGACCCUGUGACGAGGUCACAGAUGCUAGAACCGAAGAGGAACUUCAGGAUUUAAUUCAAGUCAACUACUUCUCUUGGAAGCAGUGUGGCCAAGGGGAGGAAGACUGUCUCUCCGAUUUCAGCUUUGAGGAGGAAGAGUUGAAAUGACCAGAACUGGACUUGCGUUUUUGAGUUUCCUGGAAUGCCAGGCCCCCCUGUGGCUCUCUUGGGAAGCUCUGCACCUUCCCUCCCGCCACCCCUGGGCCUCUGGAGUCCGGCGCCACUCGUGUCUGGCGCCCAAAUACCGCCCAGUUGUGGGGGGU